AUGGCCCGAAUGUCCGCCGCCUCCUUUCUUUUCGUCGUCGUUUACAACUUUUUCUACUACGCCCUAUACCUCGUCUGUAUUGCCUUUCUCGUCGUCACCCCCGCCGAUCUAAUCCAGCAAGCCUUCGCAAAGAAACAAAACUGGAACAUCUUGGUCGUCACUGUCUGCUACGUCGUUACUGUGUUGGUCAUCUUCUUUAUCUACGUUACCAGAAUCUACAUCAGCCGCAGUGUUCUCUCGUCAAUACCCAAGAGCUGGAUACCCAUCGACAAGGGCGAUGUACCGCGCAGUGUCAGGGAGAUGAUUGUGGAGGGGCUGAGCAGGAGCGCUGCCAUUGCUUACGAGGCCAGGCCGAGAGUCCCGCACCCAAUAAUACAACCAGUAACGACACAUACGGGAACUGUCGAAGAGAAACAGAAAUCCAGCUGGAGGGGAAAAUGGAGGAGUAAAAGCAGUGGAAGCGGAGGGGCCGUGUCUGUCAUUGAGGGAGGAGACGCGAUUGGUCUCGAAAUGGGCAUGCUCCCUGAUCAAAAACAGCAGCGUGCCGUAUGGGGAGACAUUGAACACCCUGGAUGGUCAUCACCGGUAUCAACGGGUUUGCCCCCGAACCUGCAGUACUCGACCGUUGUAUCCGAACUUCCGAAUCUUAUCGAAGCCAAGGCGCUCACCCUUGCGCCACCGGAUCCAGACUCACGUACCCUGCCUCCAACACUUGACCCAGAAGCUGUCGCCAUGUUGCAAAGGCCAGAAGGAGUAGGACUCAGGGAAUACUUGGGUCUGUUGACCGAGAUGGGAGUUCUGACGGCAUCACCGACGACAAUCGAUUUUUUGUCGCAGUAUGAACGAGCCCGAUUCUCAGCCAGACCGCUGACCGGUGACGAGUUCCGAGAGUUGAUGCAUUUGUUUGCUGAAGUUUUGAGAAGCAUGCAACCUUUUGAUCCAGCCCUCGCUUAUGACGAUUACGACGAUGACUCGUUUGAUGAUGGAAUCCCACAGGGAGAACGAGAAGGCGAACAGACACAGUCAGAGAGUGAUAUUGAUAACGAUGCGCCGAGAGGAACCAGUCCUUCUAGUGCAGGGCAGAGUUUGCAUUCGGGCUUGGGUCUGGGGAUAGGGAUUGGUCAGAAUGCCGGUGGUGAUAACGACAGUCUGGGCGGAAAAAGCUCCAGUGCCUCAACGACAUGGAGUCAGGGUCGUGGUUCAAGACAUCUGAGACCUGGGAUGGGAGUGCGAAACUCAUCUGCCAACACCUGGCUGUACCAGACUGCGCCAACAACGCCAAAAAGCACCAGACAUGCUGGAGUGUCCGAUUCCAGUGGCGACAGUGACGCAAACUCGUUUGCGCAAACCAGACAUCCGUACCAAGUUGACGGCACCAGCGGCAGUGGCAGUGGAAGAAGUGUACGAUCAGUAGGAACAAACGGAAGCGGAGGAUCAGUCAUCAGGCUGGCUGCCGAUGGGGAUGGAACAGACUUGCCAUAUGUGUUUACCGGUGUGAACUGA